ACACGUGUGACAUACAACGCACACAUUUGCGUUAGAUCAACGUGAUGAUUCUGAAGAUGAAAUUGAAGUUCUUGCUUAAAAGAAAUUUGAAAUUUGAAAAACCCUAGUUAGAUUUCAGAAUUGGAAGAAAAAACAGCAUGGGGUUUAGAGUGAGAAAUCUGAAUCCCGUAUUCCGAACUUGCAUAACAAGGCUUUCGUCUUCAAAUUUUCUUCCUCCGGUGCUGGAAUCACUUAAUUCCCAUCCAUUAGAGUCUUGUUUAACCGAAAAUCCCGCGUUCAAAAUCCCAAGGAGAUGGCAUUUGGGUCAUAGUCAUUCACACCAUGAUGACCGCCACCACUACCACAAAGAGGGAGAGAACAUUUUCCGGUUGGGUCUCGCCGCCGACAUCGGUUUGGCCACCGGAAAAGCCUUCACCGGCUAUCUUUCCGGCAGCACUGCCAUUAUCGCCGAUGCCGCGCAUUCCGUAUCCGAUGUGGUUCUUAGUGGCAUAGCUUUGUUGUCUUUCAAGGUUGCCAAGGCGCCGAGAGAUAAAGAACACCCAUAUGGACAUGGUAAGUUUGAGACUCUAGGAGCUCUUGGAAUCUCUUGCAUGCUUUUGGCGACCGGAGGUGGCAUUGCAUGGCAUGCUGUAGACAUUUUGAUGGGAUUGUUCUCAUCUGGUCCUGAAAUGGUUAGCCAGGCAUUGGCACAUGGGCACGGGCAAAGCCACGGACAUGGUGGACAUCACCAUGGAAUUAACAUGGAUCAUCCCAUCCUUGCUUUAAAUAUGACAAUUGUGUCAAUAGGUGUUAAAGAAGGGCUUUACUGGAUAACAAAACAAGCUGGUGAGAAGCAAGGCAGUGGGCUAAUGAAAGCAAAUGCAUGGCAUCAUCGUUCAGAUGCAAUUUCAUCUGUAGUUGCUCUCGUUGGAGUUGGAGGGUCUAUUCUUGGAGUGAAGUUUCUAGAUCCCCUCGCUGGACUUCUUGUCUCAGGCAUGAUUUUGAAAGCUGGAGCUGAAACUGGUUACCAGAGCGUCUUGGAAUUGGUGGAUGCUGCAAUCCCUGAACAACAUUUGGAUCCUAUUAAACAAACAAUAUUGCAAGUUGAUGGUGUCAAGGGGUGCCAUCGUUUAAGAGGAAGGAGAGCUGGUUCGUAUCUUUAUCUUGAUGUACAUAUUGAGGUUGAUCCUUUUUCUAGUGUAAGUGCUGCACAUGACAUUGGUGAAAAUGUUCGUCAUCAAAUUCACAAGUCUCAUCCUACUGUGGUUGAAGUUUUCAUACACAUAGAUCCUGCCAUGUCACAUGUUUCUUGUCAGCAAGAUAGUUGGAGUGGAGGCAUGGACCAUAGCAGUAUUGUUCCUGCUGAGGAGGAUAGUAAUAUUAAAGGAAUUGUUUCUGAUAUCAUCUCAUCAAACUUUCCACAGAUGUCAGUUGAGUGCAUAACACGUCACAUGUUUCAAAGCAAGAUAGUUCUUCAAAUUGAGGUUUCCAUGCCACCUGAUAUCCCAAUUGGACAUGCAAUGGAAAUGGCAAAGCAAGCAGAGGAAGAGAUUUUGAAGGCUGUCUCCAAUACAAUUCAUGUUGGCAUUCAGCUACGUUUGGGGCAACCAUUCCCACAGAUCAAUCUUACUAAGAACCAUCCAUGGAUGGUGGAAAGCCGAUUUUUUUGCAACUCCAUGCAUCCUUUUAGUAUGAUUUAAGUUAAAUAGAUUAUUACAAUAUUGCUCUGCUGCAACUUCUACCUAGUCUCAUACAAUUUCAUACUAGCCCAUUUGAGAGGUUCGCAGGAGGUGGAAAGGUGAGGAAACCUACUAAAAACUCAAUAUAUUUGGCGCCCAUUUGACGUUUGAUACACUGUUGAGUCCCCUCGUAGCCCUGCAAAACUACUGAAUAUGACUAAAUAAUGAACCUCCUUGAGUUACACAGUUUUUAACGGCAAAUUUGUCUUUGUUAGCACCUUUUUAAGUUCAAAGUUUAAUCAAAACCUAAAACAUUUUUCCU